GCGAAUGUCCGUGGCAACGCCGCCACUUGCCAGCUGGGUCCACGUCGCCCCCAAGGCUGGGGACACGCGCCGCUGCGGGGCUGGCUUUCCUUCGGGCGUCCGGCUGGGGGCCAGGCCCUGCCCCAGCCUCGGGGCCCUCAGGGGCGGCGCGCCCGGGGCGAGGGAAGAGGCCCCGCCAUCCUAGGGACGCGCUGACAGCACGCGGACCCCGCCCCCGCCCAGAGACCCGGCACGUGACCGGAACGCCGCCAGGCUCAGUCCGCCGCGAUCCCACAAGUCCCCGGUCCCGGAAGUGCCGGAGCGGCUGACGGAGCCGGGCUCGCCGGGGCGCCGCCGCCGCGGGAGGAUUGCGGUGCUGGGGCUGGGUGGCGGCCGGGGGCUCGAGUGGGGCCCCGCGGGGGUCGCAGGGGCUAGGCGGCGGAAUGAUGGAGGAGGAGGAGCUGGAGUUCGUGGAGGAGCUGGAAGCCGUGCUGCAGCUCACGCCCGAAGUGCAGCUGGCCAUCGAGCAGGUAUUUCCAAGCCAGGACCCUCUGGAUCGAGCAGAUUUCAAUGCUGUCGAGUACAUCAAUACCCUUUUCCCAACGGAGCAAUCUCUGGCAAACAUAGACGAAGUCGUGAACAAAAUUAGGCUGAAAAUAAGGAGACUGGAUGACAAUAUUCGAACUGUUGUAAGAGGUCAGACGAACGUGGGGCAGGAUGGACGGCAAGCACUUGAAGAGGCUCAGAAAGCUAUCCAGCAACUCUUUGGCAAAAUCAAAGAUAUCAAAGACAAAGCUGAAAAAUCAGAGCAAAUGGUGAAAGAAAUCACCCGUGAUAUUAAGCAGUUAGAUCAUGCGAAACGCCACCUGACCACCUCGAUCACAACACUGAACCACCUGCACAUGUUGGCGGGAGGCGUCGAUUCCCUCGAAGCCAUGACCAGGCGAAGACAGUAUGGAGAAGUUGCUAAUCUCCUUCAGGGUGUAAUGAAUGUCCUGGAGCACUUCCACAAGUACAUGGGGAUUCCACAGAUCCGGCAGCUUUCUGAAAGAGUGAAGGCUGCGCAGACUGAGUUAGGACAGCAAAUCCUGGCUGAUUUUGAAGAAGCAUUUCCUUCCCAGGGCACUAAGAGACCUGGAGGACCCAGCAAUGUUCUACGAGAUGCGUGUCUGGUUGCUAAUAUUUUGGACCCCAGAAUCAAGCAGGAGAUUAUGAAAAAGUUUAUUAAACAGCAUCUGUCAGAGUAUCUAGUACUUUUUCAGGAAAACCAAGAUGUUGCCUGGCUGGACAAAAUCGACAGACGCUACGCCUGGAUAAAACGCCAGCUUGUGGACUAUGAGGAGAAAUACGGCUGCAUGUUUCCACGUGAGUGGUACAUGGCUGAGAGGAUUGCAGUAGAAUUUUGCCAUGUGACAAGGACAGAACUUGCCAAGAUUAUGCGGACCAGAGCCAAGGAGAUUGAAGUGAAGUUGCUGCUUUUUGCUAUUCAGAGAACAACUAACUUUGAGGGGUUUCUUGCAAAACGCUUCUCCGGCUGUACCCUGACAGAUGGGACCCUGAAAAAACUUGAGUCUCCACCCACUUCUACCAAUCCCUUCCUGGAAGAUGAGCCAACACCAGAGAUGGAGGAACUGGCAACAGAGAAAGGAGAUUUAGGUCAACCAAAGAAGCCCAAAGCCCCAGACAAUCCAUUUCAUGGCAUCGUUUCCAAGUGCUUUGAGCCUCAUCUCUACGUGUACAUCGAAUCCCAAGACAAGAACCUCGGAGAGCUGAUAGAUCGGUUUGUGGCUGAUUUCAAAGCCCAGGGGCCCCCUAAGCCCAACACUGAUGAAGGGGGUGCUGUGCUCCCCAGCUGUGCCGACCUCUUUGUCUACUACAAGAAGUGCAUGGUGCAGUGCUCCCAGCUCAGCACUGGGGAGCCGAUGAUCGCCCUGACCACCAUUUUCCAGAAGUACCUCCGAGAAUAUGCCUGGAAAAUCCUCUCUGGUAACCUGCCCAAAACCACAACCAGCAGUGGAGGGCUGACCAUCAGCAGCCUCCUCAAGGAAAAGGAGGGCUCAGAAGUAGCCAAGUUCACUCUGGAGGAGCUCUGCCUCAUCUGCAGCAUCCUGAGCACAGCAGAGUAUUGUCUGGCCACCACUCAGCAGCUGGAAGAAAAACUCAAAGAAAAAGUGGAUGUAAGUCUGAUUGAGCGAAUCAAUCUGACUGGAGAGAUGGACACAUUUAGCACCGUUAUCUCCAGUAGUAUUCAGCUGCUGGUUCAGGAUCUGGAUGCUGCCUGUGAUCCUGCCCUGACCGCCAUGAGCAAGAUGCAGUGGCAGAAUGUGGAGCAUGUCGGUGACCAGAGCCCCUACGUCACCUCUGUCAUCCUUCACAUCAAGCAGAAUGUGCCCAUCAUCCGUGACAACCUGGCUUCCACACGGAAGUACUUCACUCAGUUCUGCAUUAAAUUUGCAAACUCCUUCAUUCCCAAAUUCAUCACCCACCUCUUCAAGUGCAAGCCGAUUAGCAUGGUGGGAGCAGAACAGCUGCUGCUGGACACCCACUCCCUGAAGAUGGUCCUGCUUGAUCUCCCCUCCAUCGGAUCACAGGUGGUGAGGAAGGCGCCCGCCAGCUACACUAAGAUUGUUGUCAAAGGCAUGACCCGGGCGGAGAUGAUCCUCAAGGUGGUGAUGGCCCCUCAUGAACCGCUGGUGGUGUUCGUUGACAACUACAUCAAACUCCUCACAGACUGCAACACAGAAACCUUCCAGAAGAUCCUGGACAUGAAGGGGCUGAAGAGGAGCGAGCAGAGCAGCAUGCUGGAACUCCUGCGCCAGCGGCUCCCUGUGCCGCCCUCGGGGGUGGAAAGCGCCGGCUCCCUGUCCUUGAUGGCUCCAACGCCAGAGCAGGAGUCGUCUCGCAUCCGCAAACUUGAGAAACUCAUUAAAAAGAGACUGUAGCAGCAGCAACGGGCACUUUGCUCCUGGCCAGCCCCUUAGCACCCUGUUCCCCGGAAGCCCCUGAUGUCUCCUGUCCUCCCCGGGACACUCAUCAUCAGUUUCCAGGCUUUCUGGGACAUCUGGGUUGUUACUGAGUCUCUCCCAUGCCCGUUCUUACUUCCUGCCCUCAUCAGACAUGCUGAGUAAGGGCUGGGUUCUGAGAAGGCCAUUUAGAUGAUCUCUGGUUCCUGAAGCAGAGGCAGCAGCAGGGGAAGGUCCCUGGGGUUCACUUGCCAUCCCUGAGCUGCCCCUGACUAGCAGAAUUGCUGUUGACUCAUGUAGCCUCAGCAGGACUGUCAUACCCUCUGACUCUGGGUCCACCGUGUACCUCCCCAUCCGGGCAACUUGAAUGAGGAAGCCUGGAUCUCACCCCUCCCUCCUUCCUUCCCUCCCUCCCUCCCUCCCUCCUCGCCUCCUCCUCUCCCUCCCUCCCUCCCUCCUCGCCUCCUCCUCUCCCUCCCUCCAUCCCUCCUCGCCUCCUCCUCUCCCUCUCCCUCCUUCCCCCUCUCCUCUUCUCCCUCCCUCCCCCAUCCUCCUCUCCCUUCCUCCUCCUCCUCUCCCUCCCUCCCCCCUCCUCUCCCUCCCUUCCCCUCUCCUCUCCUUCUCUUCCUUCCUCCCUCCCGCCUUCCCUCCUUCCGUGGCUGUUUAAGGUUUCCCCUUAAGCCAGAGCUCAGUUUCCUUUCCUAUCUCUGGGUUUGUCCCUACAGCCAGAGUGGCAGAUUACAGGUUCUUUACGGAGGCAGUGGAAGCAGGUAUAUUCCCACGGAAAUCCCAGUUUCCUGGCCCAUAUUUUGUUUCUGGUACUUGUUAUGACCUUCCUUGACUAAGUUAUCCCUGUGUUCCCCCAUUUCUCAGUCAUCUCCAAAGGAGAAGUGUCCUCUGUCACUGGGAAGGUCGCAUGUGCCAGGCCUUCAAGCAGGUGUCCUAUCUGCCCUGGGGCUCCUGACCAGGGUGUGGGCAGACCCAGAUCUGACAGAAGGCUCUUGUCUGGCACACUCGCCAGGUUGUGCGAGCAGAUUCUUCUCCAUUUCUUUGUUUUUUUGUUAAAUUGAGAUGUAGUCUUACUCUGUCACCCAGUCUGGAGUGCAGUGGUGUGAUCUCAGCUCACUGCAACCUCUGCCUCCCUGGGUUCAAGUGAUUCUCCUGCCUCAGGCUCCCGAGUCGCUGGGACUACAGGCACUCGCCACCGCACCUGGCUAAUUUUUUGUAUUUUUAGUAGGGAUGGGGUUUUACCACGUUGGCCAGGCUGGUAUUGAACUCCUGGCCUCAAGCAGUCCACCCUUCUCAGGCUCCCAAAGUGCUGGGAUUACAGGUGUGAGCCACCGCACCCGCGCUUUUCCUUCAUUUCUUUACUCCCACUCUGCUCCUGGUUUUUAAGGAAGGGAAACCAGGGAGUUUACUUGGAAAACGUUUCCUAGGUUUUCUCAUCAGAUGAAGCCGUGGGAACAUCCAGGAAGCCCGUACCCUCGAGUCCCUUUCUGCCCGCUCAUCUUCAGGUCCAUAGUACUUUCCAGUGUCGUCUGAAAUAGCAAGGGUAGUGUGCAGUGUCCCAGUGACCUGUUCCUGUAUGAUGAGAAGGAGCCGGGGGCUCAGGAUGCCUCAGGAACAGAAUGUUGACCUUACACACCAGGCUGAGAGCCUGGCCUGGCCUGGAAGGCAGCUGCCCCUGCCUGCCUUUCCUGUCCCCCAUGGGCUCUCUGUGGCCAGUGUUCUGGCCUCUGUCACCCUCCUGCAUUUGGAGAGCAGGCAGCCCCUGAUGCCCUCAGCUCCCCUAAAACCACGCAUCAGUUAGCCAUGACCACAGCUCAGGCAAACCGCUGUUGUUCUGUUUCUGUUCAAGAAUGGUAUCUUGCCAGGCACAGUGACUCGUACCUGUAGCCCCAACACUUUGGGAGGCCAAGGCAGGAGGAUCGCUUGAGCUGGGGAGUUCAAGACCAGCCUGGGCAACAUAGAGACGUCUACAAAAAUAAAAAUUUGCAAGGCA